UUCCACGCACUUCUCAAAACCAAUCCCAAAUAUUUUCGAACUCUGCAACAAUGGCGGACGCAGCCUUCAAUUCCGACGUGGCAAACUAUUCCAGCAAGAAGAGAUCUGGCUCUUCCGACGACCAGUGGGAUCAAUUCGCCGCCUCAAAAAAGGCGGCGGCGGCGGCGGGUACCAAUAAGUUCCCGGAAGAUCCGGCGGCGGCGCUGGCGAACGCCCGCCACGAAUUCGGCGAGCACGGCGGCGUAAACAUGUCGAUCGAGGCGUCGGCGACGUUCACCGUCAUGGAGCCGGAAACGAUGCGGCGGAUGUUCACCGGCGAGCUCGGCCCCGACCGCGAUUUCUUCAUCUACAGCCGCCACUUCAACCCGACGGUGCUCAACCUCGGCCGCCUUAUGGCCGCCAUGGAAGGCACCGAAGCCGCCUACUGCACGGCGUCGGGGAUGUCGGCGAUCGCCGCCGUCCUCCUCCAGCUCUGCAGCUCCGGCGGCCACGUCGUCGCCUCGCACACUCUCUACGGCGGCACCCACGCGCUCCUCAGCCACUUCCUCCCACGCGCGUGCAACAUAACGACGUCGUUUGUUGACAUCCGGGACCACGACUCCGUGCGCAAAGAAAUCGUCCAGGGCAGGACCAAGGUCCUGUACUUCGAGUCCAUGUCCAAUCCGACGCUCACCGUCGCCGACGUGCCGGAACUCUGCCGGAUCGCCCACGACAAAGGCGUCACCGUCGUCGUCGACAAUACUUUUGCUCCGAUGGUGCUCUCGCCGGCGAGGCUCGGCGCCGACGUCGUCGUGCACAGUAUUUCCAAGUACAUUAGCGGCAGCGGCGAUAUCGUGGCAGGAGCGGUGUGCGGUCCAGCGAGUCUGGUGAACUCGAUGAUGGACCUCCACCAGGGGGCCCUCAUGCUCCUGGGACCUACAAUGAACCCGAAGGUGGCCUUCGAGUUGUCGGAGCGGCUGCCGCACUUGGGGCUCCGGAUGAAGGAGCACUGCCGGCGGGCGGAGACGUUCGCGACCCGGAUGAAGAAACUGGGGCUCCGGGUGGUGUAUCCGGGUCUGGAGGACCACCCGGAGUACGCACUGCUGAAGUCCAUGGCGAAUCCCGGGUACGGGUCGGGCGGAAUACUGUGCCUGGACAUGGAGACGGAGGAGAAGGCGAACCGGCUGAUGAACCUGCUGCAGAACUGCACGCAGUUCGGGCUGAUGGCGGUCAGCCUGGGCUACUACGAGACGCUGAUGUCAUGCUCCGGCAGCAGCACGAGCAGCGAGAUGAACGACGAGGAGAAAGCGGUCGCCGGAAUCUCGCCGGGGCUGGUGAGGAUGUCGGUGGGGUACAGCGGCGGGUUGGAGCAGAAGUGGGGGCAGUUUGAGAAGGCGCUGCAGAGAAUGCAGCAGCAGUAGGGAAUUUGAUUGUUUGAUGGGUUGAGGCUGAGCCCCGCCAUUGAUGGCGGUGGACUUGGUGACUGAGCUUGCUUUGUUGAUGGUGAUGAUGAUAUGGGCGUUUAAGUGAUUAUAAUAUUUGAAUAUUUAUAUAUAUAUGGAUACUGUGGAUUUACUGUUGACAAUAUUCUCGUUGUUUUUAAUUUGUGUGUUGUUUUGAUUU